AUGUCCUUAGAUUUAUCCGUGUUCCUGUCUUCACCUGCUCACAAUGAGUUCAGAAGUGACACCUUUACCACUCCUACCCAGUCCAUGGUUCAGGCUUUGGCAACCACGUCCUUAGGUGACGCAGUGUAUAACGAAGACUCCGUGACGUCUCAAUUGGAGUCCAAGGUUGCAAAGCUUGCUGGGAAGGAUGCUGGUUUGUACUGUGUAUCUGGAACGUUACUGAACCAAAUCGCAUUAAGAACAAACUUACUUCAACCUCCACAUGCGGUCCUCUGCGACCAUCGCUCUCAUGUGUAUGUUCAUGAGGCCGGAGGACUUCCAACGCUCUCACAAGCUAUGGUUCAGGCCAUUGCCCCCAAGAAUGGUAUCCAUUUGACACUUGAAGAUGAUAUCAUUCCAAACUUUGUUCCUGACGACUAUGAGAUCCACGCAUGUCCUACGAAGGUGAUCAGUUUGGAGAAUACUUUACAUGGUAUGCUCUUCCCGCUUGACGAGAUCAAGAAGAUCUCUGCUUUCUGUAAGGAUAACAACGUUCGUUUGCACUUGGAUGGUGCAAGACUUUGGAAUGCCUCUGCUGAAACAGGCAUUCCACUAGCAGAGUACUGCUCCUAUUUUGAUUCGGUUUCUCUCUGCUUAUCAAAGACUUUGGGUGCACCAGUCGGAUCUGUUCUUGUAAGUGACAAAAAAUUCAACUUGAAGGCCAAUCACUUCCGUAAGCAAAAUGGUGGAGGUAUCAGACAGAGUGGAUUGCUCGCGCUGAUGGCAAUCGUUGCAAUCGAUGAGAACUUUCCAAGAUUGAAAGCUACUCAUGAGUUGGCUAAGAAGAUUGCUGACUUCUGCGUUAAAGAGGGAUAUGUGUUGGCACACCCAACUGAGACGAAUUUUGUGUUCCUCGAUUUUGCAGCUAAUAAGAUCAACAACGAUGUUUUCGUCAAGGCUUGUGAGAAGUACAACAUCAAGGCGUAUGGCUCGCGGUUAGCUUUUCACUACCAGAUUUCCGAAGAGGCUAUUGAGAAUUUGAAGAAGGUUUUGAAGGUGACUAUGGAGGAGGCAAAGAAAAACCCUUACGAGGAAAAGAAGAGUCUUAAGUUCUACAGUGCCGGAAAUGAAGAGUAA